AUGAGUCUUGUAGUUCCUCUUGACGAUUUCUUCCUUUGUGGGAGGUCUGCAGCAGAAGUAAAUAGUUACUUAGAAUCCAUUCAGUCGAUGUGCGCUAAACUAGGUGUCCCUAUUGUAGAGAACAAAACCGCAGGACCUUCACAAACUUUAACCUACCUGGGCAUUGAGAUUGACUCUCAGCAACGGAUCAUUCGCUUGCCAGCAAAUAAGUACAGGGAGUUACACAAAGCUUUAUUGGCUUGGUCUGGUAGGAAGAAGUGCACUAAACGAGAAUUGCUUACCUUGAUUGGCUCUUUAUCUUUCGCUGCGAAAGUGGUCUGUUUCAUUCAAGGCGACCCAAUCACAGCCGAUUCACUUAGCCUCUUUAAGGAUGCAUCAACGGUAGGAUUUGGUACUGUUUUUCGCAAUAGUUGGUUUUGUGCUCCAUGGCCCCCAACAUUUCAUUCUUUUCGUAUUAAUAUAUUGGAGCUUUUCGCAAUUGUAGCAGCGGUUAGGACGUGGGUUGUGAAUGGCGCAAUCUGCAGAUCAUCAUGUGUGGCACUCAGGCACAUCGCAGGAUAA